CAACCCGAUUAGAUUUUACCAAACGAAACGACUUUAAUUUAUUAUGCUUCACAAACAUGGCGGCCGACGAAGUUUUGUUCGAACUGUUUCACUCUGAAAUCGUCGCAUUUCUUUACAGAACAACGGACAAAGAGGAUCAGGAUCAGUGCAUAGCUAAACUUGAAUCAUUAGGAUUUAGAGUCGGUCAAAGUUUAGUGGAAAGGUUUACAAAGGAUUGUUCUAGGUUCAAAGAUGAUCUAGAUAUAAUGAAGUUUAUCUGCAAAGAUUUCUGGAACUCUGUCUUCAAGAAACAAAUUGAUAAUUUGAGGACAAAUCACCAGGGGGUAUAUGUUCUACAAGAUAACAGAUUUAGAUUUCUUACACAAAUUUCUAAUGGUAAACAGUUUAUGGAUGCAGCUCCAAAGUAUUUAGCAAUGGCUUGUGGGAUUAUAAAGGUUCUCUUGCUAAAUUGGUGUAAAUUUGUAGUAAAAGCUGAAGUUGUGCAAUGCCCGCUUGUAAAUUCCAAAUUCAGAUACAAAGGACUUGACAAAACUAACCAGAAAGUUUUAAGGACAAAACACUGUGAUUAUUUGAGUGUUAAUGCACUGUUAUUUUGA